AUGUCUACCAAAUAUUUUAUAUUUCUAUGUUUUGUGGUUCCCAAUAUUUUUCACAUUAAUUCCUCCACCAGACGUUUCAGUGUAGAACUAUACAACUGGACUUGCAAAAUAUUUAAUGGCAAUGGCAAAGAGAAUAUUGGAUGUUCAUUUUAUAAAACUGCCACUGAUGACUACAUUUUAAAUGCUCGUUUUUUCUUUGAUCGAGAGUUGACCAAGAGUGCAGAUGUGCGGUUUAAGGUCGACAUUAAACCACAAAAUGCCAAUAAACGUUUAACAUUUUUCGAUUUCAAACUAAACCUUUGCGAUGCUCUAACACAAGGUAUGACGAAUAUCAUUGUCAAGAAUUUAAUUGCUGAAUUGAGAAAGACAAGUAAUAUACCCUAUGAGUGUCCCCUUAGAAAGGAUUAUGAAUACAAAGUGAACAAUUACAGCUUCAAUGCUGAAAUGUUGCCACCAUAUGCACCAUUUUUGAAUUUCACUUAUAGCCUGAUACUCUAUGACGAGGCCCAAUUGUAUGGCAAAUUUCAAUGGAUGGGUGCUCUAAAUUCUAAGUAG